ACAACAAUGAGGAAGAAGCGUUCCAGCUGCCUGCUCCUUUGGACUUUCAUUUCAAACAAGAAAUGAGUCUCAAAAACCAACUGCAGUUUGCCAUUGAGCACACCUGGGACAGUAAUCCUGUGGACCAUGAUCCAAUCAGGAUUAUCUUCUCGCCUGGGGCAGGGGGUCUGAAGAUGCAAGUAUUUGGUCCCUUUUUUAAUGAUCCUGCAGCCCCUCCUGGACCCCCUGGACAUGCCUUCCCUGGACUCUGGGAUUAUGAAGGGCUCUCCCUCAGUCAGUCCAUGACGCUGCCCCUUGGAGACCCCAUUUUCAUCCUCUGCUCCUGGAUCCCUCCUCUGACCUGAAGACCAAAGAGCAG